CCACAAACAGUUGAACAGUUCAUGAAAAUGUUGGCCCAGGUUUUCCUCCUCGCAUUUUUUCUGCAUUCCACUUCUGCGGAUGGGGAAAUAAAACCCGUAUCCGAGAUUCCAGAGGUGGAGCACAAAAAUAGCAUCGUCAACUCUUUCCUUGACACUUCUGCUUCGGAUGAUGAAGUAAAACCCGUCUCCGAGAUUCCAGAAGUUGAGACCAGGAAUAGUUUUGUCGACGAUUAUUAUGCAUCUGACGGCGAAAUCAAACCAAUCAUGGCUCUAAAUGAUCAAGUCGACAGAAAACGUCCAGGAUUUUACAAUUUGGCAGAUGCUGAUGAACUCAUGGAAUUUCAACUGACUUUGAACGACUCCUUGAAAAAUGAAAAGUACAUGCAGUUCACGGAUUGCCAGUACAUGCAGUUCACGGAUUGCCUUUGUGGAAGGGAAAAUGGUGGCAACAGGAUUUUGGGAGGAACUCAGGUUCCCAACCAAGGAUACUACCCAUGGGUUGUGAAACUCAGCACUGGAUGUUCAGGAACUUUGGUCAGUGACAGAUGGGUUGUGACUGCAGCCCAUUGCAUCACUAGCCUGAGUGCAGCUUCUCAGCUCUUGAUGACCUUCAGGGAACACACGUUGGACUCGCCAUUUGAUCCUGCAGAAUUCAGGGUUUCUGCAGCAGCCGUUCUUUACUACAGCGGUCUCUAUGAUUCCGCCACAUUCAAUUAUGACUUUGCAUUGGUUCAACUGGCUCUUCCUGUACCAAUCACUGGGCUCUCAAACAUCCGUCCAGUGUGUCUGGCUUCUCAGAGUUUCGAUUUCAAUGGCUACACUGGAAUUCCCAUUGGAUGGGGUGUCUACGAAUUUCCUGCGACCAACAUUCCUAAAGUUUUCGAGUUUCCGCAGGGAGAUUCCGGUGGCCCAAUGACAGUUAAAUCGGCAGGAAAGCAUUACUUUGCUGGGUUCCCUGUUGCAACCCAUCCAGGCACUGCACCAAACACUUGCGACACGAAUAAACCCCAAUACUACACACAGGCGACGUAUGAUGAAAUCAAACCAGUGUCGGAAGUUCCGGAAGUGGAACUACCUCAAAACAGCGACGCUGACAAUUUAUAUCGUCCGAAUGAUGAAAUCAAGCCAGUUGAUGCAGAUGAAAGCAAGGAAGGAAGUCGUUUGCCAGGGUUUUACAACUUGGCAGAUUCUACACAAGUAGCUGAAUUCGAGGCCACGUUGAAAGUGAAAGAUGGAAUCCAAAUGUGUGGAAGGGAAAAUGGGGGGAACAGAAUUUUGGGAGGAACUCAGGUUCCCAACCAAGGAUACUACCCAUGGGUUGUGAGGCUCAGCACUGGUUGUGGAGGAGCUUUGGUCAGUGAUAGAUGGGUUGUGACUGCAGCUCACUGCAUCACAGGUCUCACGUCGGCAUUACAACUGACCAUCAAGUUCAGAGAACAUGAACUCUUUUCUCCAACUGACCCAGGAGAAUUCAUUGUGUCAGCUGCUGCCAUCCUGUAUUACACUGGUCUUUACAACGCAUCAACCAUAAACUACGAUUUUGCACUCAUCCAAUUGCCUGUUGCUGUGCCAAUCACUGGACUGUCCAACAUUCGGCCAGUUUGUUUGGUUCAGCAGGGAUUCGACCUCAACGGAUACACUGGGGUUCCCAUCGGAUGGGGCGUUUACGUGAAUGGAGUUGGUAGUCAGGCACCAAUUUUGAGGGAGACCACAGUCACGAUUUACAACAGGGCUGCUUGUCUGAGAGCUGGAGGUUUCCCAGCCUCAACCAGCAUUUGCGGCUUCACCAAGGGACGAGGAAUUUGCUUCGGAGAUUCCGGGGGCCCAAUGACGGUGAAAUCAGCAGGGAAACAUUACUUGGCUGGAAUCAUGUCUGCCACUCACACCUUAUCUGGUUCAAACACCUGUGACACAAACAGACCACAGUAUUACACUCAGGCCACACUUUUCACCAAUGUCAUCGUCCAGUACGCGUGGUCCGGAAUUUCAAACUAUUGCUCUUACUGAUGAUGACAACUCGAAAUGCGGCUCUUUUCGGCAAAUACCUGGAUUGAAUUGGAAAGAAACAUGCGAAUGUGAAAUACAAAUUUCCUCAGAUUGAUUGAUCAGCAUAAGAAA